AUGGUCGAGCGACAACUGCCAUCAUCGCGUGCCUUCGCCUCAGCUCUUCCCCGAACGCGCAGCGCGACGUCGGUCGCUUCAGCACCCUAUGGCGUGCGUCGCAACCCGUUCCAGACUCAGCUGUCGCGCAGUCGAGCCAUUUCGGCCAGUGCUAGAAUGCGCUACGACUACGAUGACGAUGAUAACGACGAGGAACAGGAUGGAUUUGAUGAUGAAGACGAGAGUCUAGACAUUGACAGCGACGAAGACGACGAGUCAUACGAACAGCAGCGCUACUGCUUUCACAAUCGCCAUCGCUUCCUCCACGGCUUCCGGUCGCAUGCGGAGUUCGGCAAAGCACACAGCAUCGAAAGGGCGUUCCCGCCUCACCACCAACACGACCUGGAAGUCAAACGCCCGUCUUCCGAGACCGACGACAUUGUAGUACGCGAUGAGCACGGCGAAAUUGAGCUUGAAGACCCUCCUACCCCACCACCGCCGGAGAUGGACGAGGCGUCGCGAGCCGCACUGGAGGCACGACAUGAGAACGAAUUAGAGCGACAGCGACUGGCUGAGGCAGUAAAACAGCACCAGUUGGACCAAAAUAGCAUGCUGGCGCAGGCUGAAGAAGGCAAGGAUUACUACUCAUUCCCUGACCCUUUUAUGUCACACUCCUCCAACGGUAGCGACAGUGAGAGCACCGCUAUUCUUAUGUAUGGCAAACGCCUCUAUGCCGUCGCAAGUGGACGCAAGCGGUCUCACUCAGAAAUAUCAUCUGCUCAGCCUUCUUUUCCUUCCCCUUUCUCGUCUUCUGCUUCUUCCGGUUGUGAGCCUCAAACUAAGACCAAGCCAUAUGCAUCGACUACAGAGCUCCUCGAGGCGGUUAAGGCAAGCUUACGGCAAAAAGUUGCCGCGCUAGCAGAAGACAACUGGAUGUUUGAGCGAGAGGAGUUACCACACCAUCAAUGA